AUGCCUCAACAGAAGAUACCCUCGCUCAAAACAUAUUUUGACGAGAUAGAGGAGACCAAUGGUGACGAUGAAUGCAAGGCUUGGUUAAAUAGAGUUUUUGACUUAAAAGCUGAAUUAGCAAAUUUUGUUGCUACGCAUCGAGCAGGAGGAGGAAGUGGAAAGUAUAUCUGUUUUCUUAAGGGUUCCUUCAACUUCAGCUUUCGCUUCAGCUUCAACGAUGGAGGGCCGGACGCCAUUAUUCGGUUCCCAAAACCAGGACACACGGCUACAGCUUAUAGGGACGAAAAGGUUACGAACGAGGUUCAGGUUAUGGAAUAUCUUCGUCAACACACAAAUAUUCCUAUUCCUUCUAUUCACAGCUGGGGCUUACUUGCCGAGAGCCCACAACAACUCGGUCCAUUUAUCAUCAUGGAUUAUGUUGAAGGAGUACUUUUAUCAACCAUCUUAAAGCAACCAGAUCAAGAAGACGUGAUUCUAAAUCCAGACAUUGACAACACAAUAUUAGAUAAGAUCUAUGGUCAAAUCGCCUCUUACAUGCUUCAACUUCUCGUCUUACGUUUCCUCGCAUCGGAGCCAUCUCAAAGGACCACGCUUCAGCGCAACCUCGCUGAUGGUCCGGAAAUCGCGCAGGCGCGGUUCAUUGCCCGUCAUCGGUUCGCACAGCUUAUCUCAAAGUACUACUAUGCUGAGGAUGGUGGUGGUGGUGGUGGGCCAUUUAUACCAUUCUGCGACGACAUGCGACCGUCAAACAUGCUUGUAAACCCGGAAACACUCUGUAUUACCGCUGUACUCGAUUUUGAGUUUACGAAUGCUAUGCCGGCCGAGUUCACGUACGACCCGCCUUGGUGGUUGCUGCUGUCUGGACCCGAAAUGUGGCUUGAACGCUGCUGCUCCAUGGAUGAAUUUUUGGCGCUCUAUGAGCCUAGAAUGGCCCAGUUUCUGCAAGCGUUAGAACAGGUCGAAAAGGAAGCAGCAUCAGAGUGCAACAAGCAAUCCAAUGGGUCACCACCUCUUUCUACUCGGAUGCGCUACUCGUGGAGGACUGGGCGUUUCUGGUUCGAUUAUGCAGCAAGAAAGAGCUUCGACGUGGACAUGAUCUAUUGGGCUGCACUACACAAUGGCGGCGCGGGUGUUGAAUUGCUUGACGACAAGACACGUACAGAGAUGGAGUCAUUUACGCAGACAAAGAUGGAGCAGCUGAAGGUAUAUAAAGAGGAGUGUACAGCUCGUUUUUCUUCCGAGAGGUAG